ACCGCUGUCCUUUGGAACCGCUGUCCUUAUGGCCACCGAGAGCGAACCGGGUCGGUGCCACCGCCGCUGCGCGCAGGAGGGGCUGGAUGUCCUCAAGGUCCCUGAGACCCACAGUGAUGGUGACAUCCCCCGUCGGGGCUCCCUCUGUGACCGUCACUGUGCUGCCAUCAACAAUGUGCAGGGUGACCUGGGCUGCCACCAGCACCAUCCCCGUGGCCAUGCAGCUGUGUCCUCGCCGCUCUGCUGCCAGCAGCACUCGGAGGAGGUCUGUGAGAGCUGCGUAGUGAAAACCACACUGACAGCUGAAAACGCCGUGGAGGCCAACAAGCUCUCCAAUAACUACAAGUUCGGCUUCAAGAAAUGGAAGAGCCACAUUACAGCACGGCCAUGGGAAGACCGCUCAGAGAUUGUCAAAGAGCUCUACUCUGACCUCAACGUCAUCCGUGGCCCUGGAGGGUCUACAGUGACGUGUGGAAACAUCCUUUACCUGCUGCUCUUUGGCUGGUGGCUCUCGCUGCUCUACGUCCUGGUGGCUGCAGGAAUGUUUGUCACCGUUGUGGGGGUUCCCUAUGGACGGCUCUGCUGGAACCUUGCUGGCUAUUUCCUUUGGCCCUUUGGGAAAGUGAUUCAGAAUGUAGAGUCCCCCAAAUCCCAACAGGCACCAGGUGUGCAUGAGGCCAACACGGAGAGCUCAGCGCUGCUUGGUGGCCCUGCACCCCAUCGCUGGGACCCACGGUGUUGGGUGGACGAAGGAUAUUGGCAACGUGCUGGCACUGUGGUGUGGCUGUGCCUGGGCUACCCACUGUUGGUACUAGCCCAUGGGCUAGUGUGUGUUACUGCAUGGCUCCUCGUCUUCCUCAUCCCUGUGGCCAAGCUGAGUGCCCGCACAGCUGUCCGUGUCCUUCUGCUGCCCCCAGAGCGGGUGUGCAUCCGUCGUCUGAGGAUGACGGAGGUGCCGCUGGAUGGGGAGGUUAUCCUGUGCUGCUACCGUGCUGUCAACCCCUACUACUACAAGUAUGCAGUGGGUGGCAUCAAUGUCUUUGCUGUCAACCUGCUGCCACUGGUGCUGGUGACACUGGUGCUGGGUUAUGUGGACAGCCACAACCAGUUGACGAGCUCUCCAGUCAAGUUCACGUUGGCGCUGCUCUCCAUCAUGCCCCUCUCCUACUACAUUGGGAUGGCCAUUGCCAGUAUCUCAGCCCAGAGCAACUUUGCGGUGGGUGCAGUGGUGAAUGCCACGUUUGGCUCCAUCACGGAGCUCACCUUCUAUAUCACAGCACUCAUCAAAGGAUCACGUGAGGGCAACAGCUGCUAUGCUGAGAUUGUCAAGUCAGCGCUGACGGGGACGCUGGUGGGAUGUGUCCUCUUUGUCCCGGGUUUGUGCAUGGUGAUAGGGGGCAUCCGGCAUCAGGAGCAGCGCUUCAACAGCCGGUCAGCAGGUGUCAGCUCAGCCCUGCUCUUCCUCUCUGUUGGAGGUGUCUUUGCCCCAACACUCUUCUCCAAGGUGUAUGGGAAGCUGGUGUGUGGUGAGUGCCACAAUGUCACCCAGAACCCACUGGGCCACUACCUCUGCCACAACUGUCACUUUGACCUGAUGGAGAACAAUGGCACGCUCUACUACAGCCAUGUUCAACCCCUGGUGUACACAGUGUCCCUCCUGCUCCCUGCUGCGUACCUCAUCGGCCUCUUCUUCACCCUGAAAACUCACUCACACAUCUAUGACAUCCACAUCAGUGACUGCCACAUGCCUGGCCACCACCACAGUGCUGUGGUCCACUGGUCCCGCUGGCGGGCACUGGUCAUCCUCCUGCUCUCCACCCUCUGUAUGUCAGCCUGCGCUGACCUGGCCACGGAGCACAUCAGCCCCAUCCUCACCAACUCUACCAUCUCACAGUAUUUCAUUGGUGUAACUGUGCUGGCAAUGGUGCCUGAGCUACCAGAGAUUGUCAAUGGCAUCCAGUUUGCCCUACAGAAUAACCUGAGUUUGAGCAUCGAGAUUGGGAACUGCAUUGCUGUCCAGGUCUGCAUGCUCCAGAUUCCUAUUCUGGUGCUCUUCACCAUCUUCUAUCCAACGAACUUCACACUUGUCUUCAGUGACCUCCAUGUCUAUGCCAGCAUGUUCAGCGUGGUGCUCAUGAACUAUAUCUUCAUGGAUGGCAAAUGUGACUAUUUCCAAGGCACAGUGCUGGUGAUGGUCUACUUCAUCCUCCUGGCUGUGUACUUCUUCGCCCCAUCACCCAGUGGCUGCUGAGUUUGGGACUUGGUUGGGUUCCUCCAACUCUAUUGUUGGGCUUGGUGUGUGCCAGAACAUGAUCCAGCAUCUCAGGGAUUUGGCUGGGCUGGAUAUGGGCUGGAAAGCAGCAACAGAAGCACUCCUGCACUCAGAUUGAGCCUUUGUGCCCCAACACUUCACAGAAGAAUUUCUGGCUCGUGUCUGUUCCUGGAAGGAAAAUAUCCUCAAUGGGAGAGUCUUGAAGGACAUUGGUGUGGUCUCAAGGAUGGACCCUCCACUGGGAUUCUUGAACUGGGAGAUGGUGCUUGAGAAGAGAGCCCUCAUCCUUCUAGGCCUUGGGGAUUCUGGUUUCUCCUGGGUCUGGAAGGGGUUAUGGCCUGGGCCAUCUCACAGGGCUUUGUGAUGGUACUGGAGCUGCACUGAAUGUCUCUUUUUCAGCUGUUUUGCCAUUAAAGCAGUUUUGUACAAAUCA